CACUUCAUCUCACAGCCUCCUCUGCCGCUGCCUGCCUUUCCGCUGCUUCUUUUCGGGGCUCGGCCGCUACCAUGGCGAUUCUCCCAGCAGCCGCGAUCACACGGCAAAUCGGUAGCCGCGAUCGCGCGCGGCUCAGCGGCCAGGAGGCGGGGGAGCUGCAAGACGCCGCCCGACGCCUGGUGGUGGAUGGAGACGGGCAGAGGAUCCCGUUCGGGGCCCUGUUCCGGGAUCACAGAGCCAUCGUGGUGUUCGUGCGGCAUUUCUUAUGUUACACCUGCAAAGAAUAUGUAGAAGAUCUGGCAAAAAUUCCCAAAAAUUUGUUACAGGAGGCAAAAGUGAGACUGAUAGUUAUUGGACAGUCAUCUCACCAUCACAUUAAGCCGUUUUGUAGUUUGACGGGGUAUCCCCAUGAAAUCUAUGUCGAUCCAGAGAGGGAGAUUUAUGAAAUACUUGGCAUGAAAAAAGGUGAAGCAGCCACAACAUCAGUGCAGAGCCCACAUGUGAAAUCAAACCUGCUGUCAGGAAGUAUCAGAAGUAUAUGGAGAGCAAUGACUGGCCCUGCUUUUGAUUUUCAGGGAGAUCCAGCUCAGCAGGGGGGGACUUUGAUUUUAGGCCCAGGUAGCAAAGUCCACUUUGUGCACCUUGAUAAAAAUAGGUUGGAUCAUGCUCCCAUUAGCACAGUUUUGCAGCUUGCAGGAGUUAAAAUGGUAAAUUUCACAAACAAACAUCAAAUUAUUGACAUUUAACUUGCCAGA